AUGUCUCCCCCCGACACCACCACCCAAACCCCCUCCACAGCCAUCCCCCCCUCGCCCGCCCUCCCGCCCCCCUUCCUCCCCACCCCUUCCAUCCCCAACCUCCGCGACGCAGGCAACAACCUCCCCUGCGGCACCACAAACACCGCCACGACCGUCAUCCGCCCCCUCGCGCUCCUCCGCAGCGCCGACCCCUCGCGCGCCUCGCCCGCCGACAGGGCCAUCCUGCGCGGGUUGCGCGUGACGAAGGUGUUUGAUCUCAGGUCGAGGCCGGAGAUUGAGAAGGCUGGGGAAGGAGGGGGUAAGGCGGAGGGGGAGGUUAUGGGGGGAGGGGGAGGGGGGGAGGAAGACGGGGAGAUGUUUUUGAAGAGGGUGUGGGUGCCGGUGUUUGAGGAUGAGGUGUUUGUGCCGGAGAGGCUGGCGGUGAGGUAUAGGGAGUAUGCGUCGAGGGGGUUGGAGGGUUUCGUCGCAGCUUACGGGGAAAUCCUGGCCGGCGGCGGCCCUGCCUUCGGCACCAUCCUGAGGCACAUCGCGAACGAGUCGUUGGCCGAGAAGCCGAACGCGCUGCUCGUGCAUUGCUCCGCGGGGAAGGACCGCACUGGAGUGUUCGUGGCGGUGUUGCUGUCGAUGCUCGGAGUGGAGGAUGAGCUGAUCGCAGACGAAUACGCCCUUACUGAGGUGGGCCUCGCGCAUGUGAAGCCGCUGCUCGUCAAAAAGAUUUCGGAAAACCCGGCUUUCAAGGAAACCGGCGCUGGAAAGGAGGGUGCGGAGAGGAUGUCGGGUGCCAAGAAGGAUAGCAUGCUAAGGACCUUGGUCAUGAUCCGUGAGAAGUACGGGAGCGCCGAAGGUUACGUCCGGACCGUUUGCGGCCUGUCCACCGAGGAGAUCGAGCGCAUCAGACAAGUCAUGGUUGUUCCCAAGACCGAGGGUCACGACGGGGACGCGAAGAGCGCGGCAGUGUAG